CGUUGUCUGGCCUCUCCAAAAAUUUCUAAAUUGAGAUUGUCCCGAAAUUCCUUCAUGAAAGAUCGUUGCCUUGUCCUCGUUUUCGAAGCCCGAAAUGAACAACGACAUCUUCCAUUCCACCCAGUAACGCAGGGUACCUUUUUCGCUUCCUGGAACACACGACCUCCAUGCGAUCAAUGCAGUGCUCUUGCCCUACUCUCCCCAAAUCGUGAAGGGCAUCAAAGCAUGAUGGACCACCGUGGGGAAAGAAAGCGUUCCAAGGCCUCGGCUGUGCCGGGGAAUCGGCCCACCCGACGACAUGCCAUGCUGGUCCGGUCCAAGCACCAGAGGGCCUCUCCCCCAAAUCGAUCGACCCGGUCAUGCACGAUGCUUCCCCAAGGCGUGUCUCAGAUGCUUCCACAGAUUUGUUCUGCUUCAGCCAGGACUUGGCUUGGCCCAAGCCAGCCAUGUCAUGCUUCCCGGUCUUGCACCAUCUUUCGACUCACCUCCCUCAUUCCAGCCCUUGUUCUUUGCCUGCCUUUUCUUCUUUUUUUUUUGUUUCCUUUUUUGUUUCUUUUUUUCUUUUGUUUCUUUCUUUUUCCCCGCUUUCUUUUCUUCCUUUCUUCCCGCCCUCUCCGAUCUCGUCAAGGCGUGCACGAAUACCUGUACCGCACAGACCUGAGACGUCGAGUAGCAUUAGUAGCUACCUAGCUCGCAUAACGUGACGGUAGGUAUUAUCCUAGAAAAAGUCAUUGACGGGAUUACCUAUGUAGGCAUGGAUACAGCGUACAACGUAAGAGUCCGCUGGCCCGGAUCUCUUUGCAUCGGGCUUUUUCACGGCUAAAACGACAUGACACCCUGCUUAAUUACC